GAUCGCAGGGCCACAACUCGCUGCACAUCAGGAGCAAAAGGAUUCCUGCAGAAUACCUGUCUAGCAACCACCGGUGUCCGCCAACCAACCCAUCGCUAAACCAGGGGGAAGUGUGCGUCCAUGAGCGUCUCAUCCAUUUCUAUGGUAACAGGGACGUACCAACACAUUAUAUAAAUUAGGAUUGGUGAGAUUACAGCACGUUUUAGUGGUAAUAUCCUGUCACGGUUUGUAAUAAAAAAAAAACAACUAACAAGCUAAGUGUUUCUGUUGUGUCCAUUCUGCUUUUCUCACAUUAAAAUUUCCUUGCGACCCCUAUAAAAUUGUGUAGUAGAUUCGUCCAGCUUUGCACCCGGAAGCGAUUUUUUUGUUCAUUCUUAUUUCAGCUCAAACCAGAGCUGUGCUGACCUUUUAUAGAAAAGAGAUGUCUGAAAUCAUUCUUUUCUGGUGACCUUGAAUUCAACGCUUUUUAAAUGGAUUUUAUUUGCUUCUUAUUCUCCCCCACAUUAGCCGUGGUGUGAUCUAGAUGACACAUUGGUAGUCUGGAUUGAAGGUACCACUUGAUAUUUCAUAGGGGAGCACUUGCACCCUGUGCCCAGAAUCUGAUCAUUGGCUGGAAAGGUGUGAAGUUGUCAGAAUAAGGCACCCUGCCAGGCAUAGUGUGAGAGUGGCAUGGGUGCUGUACCAGAGUGGGUGCUGAUCUGCCUGGUUGCUGCCCUUGUGGCUCUGCUGCUCCUCACUCUAUUUGGGGUGGCAGUGUAUUCAGGACUGUUGACUGAGGUGGAAGUCCGUGCAGGUCCACCUCCCAUACGUGGGGCCGUGUUGGCAUACAAGUUCAGAGUGGGACCCUACGAUGAGAGUGGGAACUUAUACACGGAAAGUGUCAGCAUUGCUCCCAAGUUAGUAUCGAUUGGAGUGUACUACGACAAUCCCAUGAAGGUGCCGGUGGAGUUCUGCAGGUACAUCGUGGGUAGUAUUCUCUGCGAAGGGGAUGAAAAACCACUUCCUGAUCAUGUCCGCAUCUUCCGCAAACAUGGAUAUAAGUUCUGCGCUUUGCCAGAAGUGAGCCACGCAGUCAUGGCCACCUUCCCGUACACAACACCCUUCUCCAUACAGCUUGCAACAACCCGUGUGCAUCCAGCGUUGGAGCGUUACGUCAAGGAGAGAAAGCUGUCAGCUCACCCCUACGUGGAGAUCUACAAAGGGGACAAGAUCAUCUUCAUGUGCCCACUGUCUCGUCAGGAUGACUUUUACGUGCCUGAGAUGAAGGAACUGCUAAGGAAGGAAAGAGGAGAGCCGGAACUUCCUGAAGCUACAGAACUGGACCCCUUGACCCUGGAAGGUACGCUAAGCCUAGAACUGGUGUCUGAGAGCCGAGAAGAGGUAGAGAGUGGAGAUCCUCAACCCAAGGAACAAACAGACAGUGAAAAGAGCCCUAGUGAAUCAGGGGCCAGUUGUUCUUCCUUUGAAGAGCUGGACUUGGAUAUCAGUGGGUCAGGAGCAAAGCGUCAAAUGGACACAAAGAAUAAGUAAAGCAAGAACCAAACCUUGAAAACUGGAGUGUGUCCCCUUUGGUGGCAGCUGCCAUCUUUGCUCUCCAAUGCAGGGACCCAUCCUGAGCAGUAGCAUAAAUACAGCUGUAAGAUCCAUCUAUUCAUUUCACAUCUUUUUUUAUUGUUAUAGCACUGCAGUCAUUUUCCCUGUAGAUGACUUAUUUUUUAUAUUCUUGUUUUGUUUUUGUUUUUUCUUCUACUGGGGUGUUUUUUUGUGGUACGAUUGCUGCCAGUGAAGUGGAGAAGAAUCUAUUUAUGCAGGUCUAAAACUCUAAGGAUGCAUAGACUUUAUAAGUAAAUCUCAGGAUUAAAUCACCUUUAUGUCCUCAUAUAAAAUAUAUCUCAUUUUUUUUUAUCAAAAUACUUUCAAUAUACAGCAAGGAGGAUAUCAUCUCAGCCUAAACACUUGGAUUAAUAAUAAAUAUAAAUCUGUAUACUCUUUUAUUUAGUUUAAACAAAAUCUUGGGUUUAUUUUGUAAAUAUGCAAACAGGAUGGUGCGUCAUAAGUGCAAUGGUUAUAUCUGUACACACUGAGCAGAAAUAGGUUUACUUUGUUAUACUAAAUAUCUUCUGCCUUCAAUAAAUUAUUGUAAAACUGGA